UAUGACUUUAGUUACUCAUCAAACAGGGCCAAGCGGGCAGCAAGUAAGAAAAGUGUACGUUGAAGAAGGCUCAAGCAUUAAGAAAGAGUAUUAUUUAAGCCUGGUAAUCGACCCGAAGCUCAGUAGGCCAAUAUUCAUAUUUUCCUCAGAAGGUGGAAUGGACAUUGAAGAAGUGGCGAAAAAUUCUCCCGCAAAAAUUGUGAAAUUUGAUAUUGAUUCUGCUACAAGUUUUGAUAGCAGCAAGUUAAGCAGCAGUUUUCAUUUGAGUCCAGAACAAAUAGAAAAAAUAACAAAUGUUGCAAAAAAUAUAUAUGAUGCGUUUAUUGCAACUGAUGCGAGCCAAAUUGAAAUUAAUCCACUGGUUGAAACAAGUUCUGGAGAUUUUAUUGCGCUCGAUGCGAAAAUUAAUUUCGAUGAUAAUGCUUUAUAUCGUCACCCAGAAAUUAUGGAACUUCGUGAUUAUGAUGAAGAAGUGAAAGAAGAGAUAGAGGCUUCAAAGUAUGGGCUCAGUUACAUCAAAAUGGAUGGCAGUAUUGGUUGCAUGGUAAAUGGUGCAGGUCUUGCUAUGGCAACAAUGGAUAUAAUAAAAUACUACGGAGCAGAGCCUGCUAACUUUUUGGAUGUUGGUGGUGGAGCGAGUAAAGAAACUGUAACUGAAGCAUUUAAAAUCAUAUUGUCUGAUAGCAACGUAAAAGGAAUUCUGGUUAACAUAUUUGGUGGUAUAAUGCGUUGCGAUAUUAUCGCAAGUGGAAUUGUUGCGGCUGCAAAAGAAAUGAGCAUUAAAGUUCCUCUAGUGGUUAGAUUAUCAGGUACUAAUUUUGAAGAAGGAAAAAAAAUCUUAGAAGAGUCAGGAUUAAAUAUUAUUGCUGCAGAUGAACUGGGUGAUGCUGCACAAAAGAUAGUAAAAGAGGUAAAAUAA